UGUCCUCCCGCAGGUCCUGUAGGAAUGAACCGGAAAGAUAUGGUUUCACCUUGUCUGCACAUCUCUGCUAAGUGGCACACGUUUGGUUUUAGCUAAAAAUCUGACAUUCAGAUUUAAGAUAUGCCACUGUAGUUCGCCUAACUGUUCUUCGAAGACUGAAGAAACAUGAAGCAAGACGUCAGGAUACUUUUGUUAGGGGAACCCAAGGUUGGGAAGACCUCCCUCAUCAUGUCCCUGGUUGGAGAAGAGUUCCCAGAGGAGGUUCCCUCCAGGGCUGAGGAGAUCACCAUACCAGCUGAUGUAACACCAGAGAAGGUGCCCACGCAUAUUGUGGACUACUCAGAAAAAGAACAGAGCGAUGAGGUCCUUCGAAACGAGAUCGUCAAGGCUAAUGUGGUGUGUGUGGUGUAUGAUGUCACCAAUGAAGACACCAUAGACAAGAUUAAAACCAAAUGGAUCCCUUUAGUAAACGGAGAUGCAGAGAAAGGAAAAAAGAUUCCCAUCAUCCUUGUUGGAAACAAAUCAGAUCUGCGUAGUGGGAGCUCAAUGGAAACCAUUCUUCCCAUCAUGAACCAGUUCUCUGAGAUCGAGACCUGUGUUGAGUGUUCUGCAAAGAACCUGAAAAACAUCUCAGAGCUCUUCUACUAUGCGCAGAAGGCAGUCCUCCACCCCACUGCUCCUCUUUACGAUCCUGAAGACAAACAGCUAAAACCAUCAUGUGUGCGAGCCCUCAGCCGAAUUUUCUACAUCUCUGACCAGGACAACGACCGAAUCCUCAGUGAUGCCGAACUCAACAGGUUUCAGAAAUCUUGUUUUGGGAAUCCUCUGGCACCCCAAGCCUUAGAGGACGUGAAGACAGUAGUGUGGAAGAACACCAGUGAUGGCGUACAGGACAACGGCCUGACUCUGAACGGUUUCUUGUUUCUCAAUACAUUAUUUAUCCAAAGAGGCCGGCAUGAAACCACGUGGACCAUCCUCAGGAAGUUUGGUUACGACGACAACCUGGAGCUGACUGAUGACUACCUGUACCCAGAACUGCGGGUGCCCGCGGGCUGCUCCACAGAGCUCAAUCACUUAGGCCACCAGUUUGUCCAGCGGCUGUUCGACAAGUACGACGAAGAUAAAGACGCUGCCCUGUCGCCAGCCGAGCUCAAGAACCUGUUCUGCGUGUGUCCCUACAUGCCCUGGGGCGCCGACGUCUACAAGGCCGUACCCACCACGGACGAGGGCUACAUUUCCAAUCACGGCUACCACUGUCAGUGGAUGCUCUCCGCGUACCUCGACAUCCACCGCUGCCUGGAGCACCUUGGAUACCUAGGUUACCCAAUCCUCACUGAGCAAGAGUCACAGACGGCUGCAGUCACAGUUACACAGGAGAAACAGUUGGAUAUGCAAAAGCGUCACACUCAGAGAACUGUGUUCCUCUGCAAGGUGAUUGGACCACGGGGGACGGGCAAGACAGCCUUUCUCCAGGCCUUCGUGGGUCGAAACAUUCUGAAUCAGGGGAACCCCAGCAGUGCCUUCUCACCAUAUGUCAUAAAUACAGUCCACGUUAGCAGCCAAGAGAAAUACCUGAUUCUCAAUGAGGUAGACGUGGAGACGGAGUUCCUAAAGACGUCGGACGCCUCCUGUGAUGUUGCUUGUCUCAUGUAUGAUGCAAGCGACCCUCAUUCUUUCAACUAUUGUGCCAGUAUAUACAAGCAACAUUACAUGGAGAGCAACAUCCCAUGUGUGCUGGUCGCCUCCAAAGUGGACCUUCCUGAAGCCAAACAGUUCCACGGGAUGACUCCGGCCGAUUUCUGCUAUAAACACCGCCUGCCUCCACCGCUGCCCUUCUCCAGCCUGCUGCUGCUAGACUCCACCACCAAGAACAUCUACACCAAGCUGGCCUGGGCAGCUAUGUACCCACACCUGAACGGUUCAGACGUGAGCAACGCGUCGUUCUGGCUAAGAGUGGCCCUGGGCUCGGCUGUGGCCGCGGUCCUGGGCUUCGCCAUCUACAGAGCAGUUGGCCGACUGAAAUGACCACCAACCGGCUUGAUCAUGUCUCUCAUUAGUUUGUUGUUGUUUUACUUCCACCCCUCAAGACCAAACCUGUGAGACCAGAACCAGGACCACUGCAAAUGAACUGAACAGAGUCCACAUCACAUUUCUGCCAUUCUAAGUGCAACCUUCUCACUUUGAAGUUGUUUGAUCCCAGCUGUCCAGAGGUUAGUCGGAUACUGGUGAUCGUAUAAUUCCCCAUUAUACAUUUUUUUUGCCUUAUGUUGUCUAAGCAGGAGACAGCCCGCGUGUGCUUUGAUAGAAAACGAAAUGCUGCCACUGUCCCUAAAGGGGGGGUCUGCACGAAAAGGCUGUGAAGCCCACUGUUAUCCCCUUCCAAUGUCUCCUGAGUGUUACCUGGGAGUUCUUAAAUUACGAGCAGUGUUUCUGAGCAUAGCUGGUAAAAUGCCAAAAUGACUGAAACCAAAACGGGAGCAUUGGAGUCGGUUUUAACCACAACAAUCAUGAUGGAACGCCUCCCAGACUCCUACAGGAACAGUGCUUGCCUUUUUCUGACCAAGACCCCACAGACGGGAGAUAAUUAUCUGAUUGCCAAACGACUGGAGCGGCCAUGGGCGGUUGUAGCAUGUUGUUGCCCCUCAGGCGGACCACGCAGCCCGCUAAUAAAUCAUGCUGUUUAGCUUCAGCCUCAUUGUUAACAUGUUUUUAGCAGUACCUCUUUCAUGGAGCUGCGGCUGUAGGAAGAGAUCGCUCUCUUAUGCAUGAAGGUUUGCUUUUAUAUGGAGGAUAUUUGUUUGUGUUCGCAUCUACAAUGAAUCAAAGGCUUUCUGUGUGCUGUGGAAGGAGGCCGAGCAAACCUUGAAAAUCAUGGUAUUCCUACAGAAUGUAGUCCGUUUUUGUUUUGUUUUUUAUCUCUGCCUCUGGUUUCCCACUGCUCUGUGGACUUUGAAAUGGACUUGAUUUCAAUAAGACUGAAAAACACCAGCAAUCUGUGCUUUUCUGUUCCCAACCCUGUUGCAUCACGUGUCUGCACACACUCCGUCAGCGCAUUGUUUCCCCAACUGUUGCUGGAUUUAGCAGAGGGCCUGUUGUUUCUACGGGAGCAGCCUCUGUGAACUUUGAAACUAUUUUCUUAAUCAAAGCAAAAAAAAUACCUGGGUCGAGUGGGGACUUCUGGGGGGGUAAAAAUGUAUGGGAGUUAAGAUCAAGGAUAAAAAUUCUAUUAAUUCUUUGGUCAUAUGUCCGGCACUGGUUGCUUAAUUCAUCUUAAAAACAAAUUAAUUAUUUUUUUACACAAUCAAUCACUCACACUUUAUUUAGUCGAAUCCUGAUUAUUGUCUGAUUUGAUGUUCCACUUCCAUGUGAAAGUGACAACAACUACCCUCUCCCAGAUAAUCUAUCUGCAAGAACACGUGG